AUGAUGAAAGCAACAUUAAGUAUAACUCUCGUAUUUUUACUGAAUCUGAUUGCUUUACACCAAAUCUUCGCCAUGCCCGUCAAUGAUUGGGAAGAAGAUGAAUUCACAACAGAUUCUAUUGUUUUUACAGAUUCCACCAGUACCGAGGAAGAAAAUGUAUCGAAUAUUACAAUCGAUGCAAAUGGAACUAAUAUGACUGAUAUAGAUAUAACAACGGUUUCAUCUGUUGACAACAUUACUGAAACUAAUAAUUCAAGUGAAGGCAAUACAUAUGAGAUCACAACACCAAUAUCAAAUCAACCAGAAUCGAGUGAUAGAGUUAGAUUUCAAGUUGUUAUCAACCCGGCAACACUUGAAGUACAACGUGGGCAAACUUAUGAACUUAUCUGUAGUGUUUAUGGUGCUGAUGCAAGUACACAUGUUUAUUGGAUUCAAGAAGAACCAGAACGACGUUAUGCUCUUACCGAUACAAAUGAUAAACAUGUCACAGGAUCUCAGGUAUUAUCGCGAGCACGUAUUACUCUGGAUGAUCCGAGUAAAAUUGGAAAAUAUACAUGUAUGGCGCAAAAUGCAGAAGGAAGUAGCGAUUCAGCUCUUCUUACAAUGCAUGAACAAACUAAUUUUCACUACGAUUAUCCAAAACCAGAAAGCACACCAGAUGUGUAUCGUGCUGCGCAAGAUUUAAGAAUAACUGCACCGGAGGUAGCUGAUGGAGAUUACGUGAAAAUUCAAUGUGAAAAUGCAGCAUCGGAAGAUGAAGGAAAAAUUCAGUGGUAUUUUAAUAAUCGACUUCUUCAUGAUGAGGAUCCACUUUAUCCACGUGGAAAAACUCUUCAUAUUCGUCCUAUUUCAAGAUCGUACUUGGGAAACUAUCGUUGUUCAAUUCCUGAAUCGAACUAUAGAGAUGCAAAUAGUAUCAUUGAAUUUCGAGGUAAAUAUGCUCAUAAUGAAACGAAUCCUAGUGCUAUUAUUUGUUUUGAAGGACAACCAUCACAUCAUGACAUUCAGCCAGUAUUUCAUCCAUCAACUCCAUUAUCCAUUGAAGAAGGUACCAAUCAAUUGAUUCAAGCGCCUGCUGGCUAUUAUCGUGCGUAUUGGACACGUCAAAAUAAUCAGAAUCUACCAUCAGAUAUUUAUCAACGAGGUAAUGAUUUACAAAUUACGAACGCGCGUUCGGAUCAUUCAGGAACUUAUUAUUGUGAAUUAUACAAUGUUGAUGGUACACGUACGACUAUUCCUUAUGAAAUUCAUAUUCAACGUAGUUAUACACAUCAUUCAUUCGAUAAUCAUCUACCAAAAAUAACUAUUCGUCCACAAUCUAUUAAUUUAAAAGAAAGUCAACCUGCAGAUAUCACAUUCGCAUCAUUGGCAUAUCCAAUGAUAUUUCCACGACAAUGUGAUGAUUUAGUUUUCGAAUAUGAUCAAAAUCGAAUGAGCCGAGAAUUAUACGAUCAAAUUACCACUUAUCGUUCGCAACGUGCAGGAAAAUUUGUUCUACGAAUGUAUGAACAACAUCGAAUUACUGAUCAAGUUCAACCAAUGCGUUAG